GCUGGGCAUGGGAAGCCAGGGUGGGCUGGGGGACAGGCCCUGCAGCACCAGGCCAUCAGAUGGGACCCCAGAAGCCAGGGCAGGGGUCGGCAGCGAAGCCUCCCAUCCCAAAUCUGCCCUUAGCUGAUGGGAGGGUUCGAGUCCCUGGAGGGACGCCUGAUCCGGGAGGAAGAGCCAGGUCGGGGUCCCUGCCCAGAAUAUGCCAUUCCUGUGGAAAAGGAGUAGCUUCUUUCCCUGAUCCUGAAGGAGUAAAGUGGGUGAGAGUCUGCCCCCACCCCCCAUCUAUAUCCCAGGACUUCCCGUGCCCUCCUGCAGUGGCUACGAGCAGAUGGCGGUGCAGUUUGAAGCCUUCUGUGCAGGGGGCCUGGCCCCCGGCUGGAGCCUGCUGGUCCAGGGACAGGCUGACUCUGGAGAAGACAGGUUCGAGAUUAACUUCUUGUUGGAGACAGGGGACAUUGCCUUCCAUGUCAAGCCCCGGUUCUCCAGUGCCACCAUAGUGGGCAACGCUUUCCAGGGCGGCUGCUGGGGUCCAGAGGAGGUGUCUAGCAUCUUCCCACUGGCCCUGGGGGAGCCCUUUGAGAUGGAGGUCAGCUCGGACUCGGAGCACUUCCAUGUCUACGCGCAGGAGCACAAGAUCCUGCAGUUCCCACACCGUCAGAGGCCACUGGGCGCCAUCACCAGGGUGCGGGUGCUGAGUGACCACCACCUGGCACAGGUGGAGCUGGCCAAAAGGGGCCUGAGCUGGGGGGACCGGGGCUAUUGAGCAGCACCUGCGGCCCAAGGAGCAAGCCUCGGCUCAUCCCAUGUCCAGGACACCUGGAGCCCCACCCUGGAGCCACUAGGGGAGGGGAUUUGUGGUCCUGUGUGCUCCCCUCGCUCCACUUUCAAUAAACUCUGAGCAGGCUGCAGGCACUUGGCUGCUGCAGGGUG